AUGAGUGCUACGAUGGAAUCUAGAGAUCUUGCAGCGGUUCAUGACACCAACGCCUACGACUAUAACCCCAGAGAUGUGGAGAAAAAGAAGCAUCAAGACGAUGCCUUGCCCGAAGAAGACCCUUUCGGAAACGAGGAGUUUGUGGAGGUGAAAUAUCGUACGUUGGGUUGGUGGCAAUGUGGAAUACUCAUGGUCGCAGAAAAUGUCUCCAUAGGAAUCCUGUCCCUUCCAUCCGCUUUUGCAACGCUGGGUUUUGUCCCAUCUAUCAUCUUGCUACUUGGAAUAUCCGGCAUUUCAUGGUACACUGCCUACGUUAUUUGUCAGUUCAAGCUACGAUACCCGCAUAUUCAUAGUAUGGGUGAUGCCGGUGAGGUGAUUAUGGGCCGAUUCGGACGUGAACUGCUUGGUACUGGCCAACUGCUGUUCCUGAUAUUUGUCAUGGCUAGCCAUGUAUUGACCUUUACGGUUCUGAUGAAUACUCUGACCGAACACGGCAGUUGUACAAUUGUCUUUGGCGUCAUCGCGCUGAUGGUUAGUUGCAUCGGAGCCCUACCACGCACCAUGGGUAAUGUAUACUGGAUGUCAAUUGCAUCAUUUCUCAGCAUCGUGGCAGCCACCGUGGCCACAAUGAUCGCAGUGGGUGUAGAGUAUAAGGGCUCGGUUCCCCUUGCUGUGACCACCCAUCUCAGCUUCAACAAAGAAUUCUUGGCCGUUAGCAAUCUUUUCUUUGCAUACGUGGGACAUGCCUCCUUCUUCGGGUUCAUCUCCGAAAUGGACAAGCCGCGAGACUUCACCAAGUCCCUCUCGGUGCUUCAAAUAAUCGACACGUCACUGUAUCUAGCUAGCGCUAUAGUGAUCUAUCGUUUCGUUGGUCCAGACGUCCAAUCCCCCGCCUUGGGCUCCGCAGGACACUUGAUGAAGAAAGUGGCCUAUGGCCUAGCCAUCCCAACUGUUCUCAUCGCCGGAAUCGUCAAUGGCCAUGUUGCCAGCAAGUACGUUUACGUGCGCAUAUUCCGCGGCUCGGACCACAUGCACGAGCGAAGUUUGCUGUCCAUCGGGUCCUGGGUCGCCAUUGGGGUUAUCUCGUGGAUAGUUGCAUGGGUAAUUGCCGAGUCAAUCCCAGUCUUCAACAACCUUCUGAGCCUGAUUACCGCCCUAUUCGGUUGCUGGUUCGCCUACGGAUUCCCCGCAAUAUUCUGGUUCGUCCUAAACAAGGGCUCAUGGUUCGCAACAAAGAAGAAGAUCCUUCUGAGCCUAGCCAACCUCUUCAUCUUGGCUAUGGCUAUCACAAUCUGCGGACUAGGAUUAUAUGUCUCCGGUGACGCAAUCAGUCAGGAUAGUAAUAGCGCCGUCUGGACCUGUGCUAAUAACGCUAACUGA